AUGUCGUCAAUCGGAACAGGUUACGACCUCUCGGUGUCUACAUACUCGCCUGACGGCCGUCUCUUCCAGGUCGAGUACGCCAACAAGGCUGUGGAAGCAGCUGGUGUUGCUGUUGGGCUUCGCUGCAAGGACGGUGUUGUCCUCGGUGUCGAACGCCUUCUCCACUCCAAGCUGCUCGUCAAGGGAGGAAACCGCCGUAUCCAAUCGGUCGACGAGCACAUCGGACUGGCGACCGCCGGUCUUCUCGCCGACGGUCGCCAUCUUGGGAGCCGGCUUCGCGAUGAGGCUUACAACUUCCGGGACACGUACAAUUCGCCAGCCACAGUUCAGAUCCUGUCCGACCGCCUCUCGGGAUACGUCCAGGCGUACACUUGCUACGGUUCUGUCCGUCCGUUUGGUGUCUCGAGCCUGAUCGCUGGUGUUGACAAGACUGGGCCUCGUUUGUUCUGCAUCGAGCCCUCGGGAGUCUACUAUGGGUAUCGUGCAUGCGCCGUUGGCAAGGGCAAGGCGCUUGCCAAAACGGAACUCGAGAAGAUUAUUGCGCGCGAGACGGAUGGCGGGAGUGGCAUCACUGUUCGUGAGGCUGUCAACGAGAUUGCUCGCAUUAUCUACCUCGUCCACAAUGACAACGAAGACCGCGAGUUCGAGCUGGAAAUGACCUGGGUUGGCCCAGAGACCGGGUUUAAGCACGCGGCUGUCCCGGCAGACCUGCUCGCCGAGGCGGAGGCAGCCGCGAAGGCCGCACUCGAGGAGGGAAUGGAGGAGGACUGA